AUGGCCGCGCUCCCGAGCGGUGCCGCUGGUCUGUGGCGCGGCGCACGCUGCAGCAGUCCUUGCCUCCCCCCGCCCGGGGCCCGCGCGCAGCACGGACCGCCUCGCGUGCUGGAGCCAGCCGGGCCACGGGCAUGCGGGCCGUGCUCGGUACUUGGCGUGCCUGGUCGCGACAAGUUGGUGAAGCUGGUUGAAGAGUGUAGAGACAAGUCCGGCGUGGACAGCAUUGCGUCCUACGAGUGCGACGUGUCAAACAAGAAUGAUGUGUUGGCGACUUGUAAGUCGAUAUUGGACAAGUAUGGCCAAGUCGAUGUGUUGAUCAACAAUGCCUCGACGUACGAGUGCAGUAACUUUCAAGAUUUGUCCCUUGACAGCAUCGACCACAUGGUAGACGUGAACCUCAAAGGCACGAUGUAUAUGACUCACUGCAUCUUGCCAUCGAUGAUGAGCGCGAAAGCUGGAAAGAUCAUUAUGGUGAAUAGUGUUGCGGGGACUGGCUCAUGGACAGUGCCAGGCGAAUCGAUAUACUGCGCAAGCAAGCACGGGCAAACAGGUUUCGCAUCGGCCUUGGCCAACGAGGUCCGAGAACAUGGCAUCACGGUCACAUCUUUGCACCCUGGAGGCAUCGAUACACCACUGCAGGUCAAGGCAGGAACGCCUGAUGAAGUGCGAGCAAAGUUUUUGACUGCAGAGGAUGUGGUUGACGCAAUCCAGUAUGUUGUCAACGCAGAUUCGAGGGUCUUAGUGAAGACCAUCAACUUGUGGCGCUCUGCGUUUUGGCACUAG